AUGGAGGUGCAGUUACCCCGGCGCUCACCGCAGCGGGACAUUCGGGAGAUGGCCGACGUGACAGCGCGCGGACGCUUGGACUACCUGUGGGCGGCUGCUGUAGCGGAAAACGACCUGGCGUUUAGGACGUCUUCGUCUAAGGCGAUGCAAGCGUUUGUGGAUGCAGUCGCCGCAUUUGGGAAGGCCUACACCUUACCUUCGGCAUACAAGGUGGCGGGCCCACUUCUUGUCAAGUUGAAGCUCGACACGGAGGAGCUCAUCAAGCCAAUCAAAGAGAGUUGGCCGAGAAGCGGAUGCACCCUCACGAUGGACGGUUGGACGUGCCUCAAAAGCCGGGGCAUGAUUUGCGUCAUCGCCCAAAACGACACCGCGCCGGUGAUUGUGGGCUGCGUCGACUCCAAAACCGCGAAGAAAACUGGAGAGUACCUCGCGAAGCUCAUCCAACAUGCGAUUUGCGAGGUGGGGGACAGCCACGUUGUCCAAGUCAUCAUGGACAACGCGGCUAACAACAAGCGCGCGGCAAACUUGCUCAAGGACGAGUACCCGCAAGUCUUCUUCACCAAUUGUGCGGCCCACGUCUUGGACCUCAUGCUUCACGAUAUGGGGAAGGUCAAGGCGGUGAAGAGGGUCCUCAACCAGGUGCAUCGGGUUGUGAUGAUGGUCAAGGGGAGUGCCUCGGCCGUCACACUUUUCCGUGAGUUGUUUAGCAAGCUAGAGCUUGUCCGCCCUGGUGCUACUCGUUUUGGAACGCAAGUGAUCAUGAUCGAGCGUUUCCUUGAGGUUAAAAAGGCAUUGAAGGAGAUGGUGAUUAGUGAGGAGUGGAAAAGUGUAGCGGUGGCGAACACGGAGGAGGGGCAGGCUAUACGUGGUCUCCUCUUGGAGGAGACGUUUUGGGACUCCGUCACGGCCAUUCUCGGCCUCAUGAAGCCCAUCUACGAGGUGCUACGCAUCGUUGACCGGCGGUCCCUUGUGAUGGGGAGCGUCUACGGCCUCAUGCUUGAGGCUACGGUCAAGACCAACGAAGCGGCAACGAAGGCGGGCGAGAUUCGGGAGGAUGCGGAACUGAGGGCGGGGGCUGAAGAGGUGUUUAAGGCAAGGGGGGGCAGUGUUGAGAUGCGGACGAUGCUAGCGGUGCAACUAGCCGCUUUUCACAAGAGAGAGGGGAAGUUGGGGUCUGUGGAUGCGCGGUGGGCUGCCACCAUCUUGGUGGAGAGCGGGAGGCUUUCCGCGGCUGAGUGGUGGGCGCUGUAUGGGGUUGAGGUUCGUGCUUUGCAAAAGAUUGCGGUGAUGUUGCUCUCCCAGCCCGUGACUUCAUCCGAGGUCGAGCGGUACUGGUCCGCUCUCGCAAGGGUCCAAAGGCGGGACCGCAACCGGCUGAAUGCCACGUCCAUGACGGACGUGGCAUUCGUGGCAUUUGGCCGGCGAGCUCGGGAGUCCUAUGACAAAAAAACAGAGGCCCGUGCUAAGCUCUACAGCGAGUUGAGCAAUGGAUCGCUGCAGGAGGGCAGCACAAGCGUGCUUCUUUCUCUUCCGGUGGAGGCGGAGGUGGAUGAGGAGGAGGAGGCGGGGGGGGAGCCGUGUACCAUUGACUGGGACACCUUCGGGAACAUUGGCAAGCGGGUGACCAAAAGGAAGCGCGCAAAUCUGAAGAAGAAGAAGAGUGCUUCCAAGGGCAGCGGGUCCCGCAAGGGGAAGGAGAAGGUUUGUGAGGAAGACGAAGAAGAGGCGGAGGAUGGGAGCAGUGAUGAUGGCAGUGGUCCGGAUGAACCAACCAAGCGGAAGAACAAGGGGGUGAAUGCGUGGGAUUGUAGCGACGGGAGUAGCGGGGAGGAGGAGGAUGACGAGGAGGAUGAGGAAGAGGAGGAGGAUUAG